AUAGUUUACUCAGUGUCUAGUAUUCAUGAGUCCUACUCCCCUGGUAACUUUUGUCUCAUGUGACUGCUCAAGAAUCUCUGUGCGAGAAUGGCGAAGUACAGCAGAAUACCACUUGCUUAAAAAGAAGUACACUCCACUUUGGUUUGGAUACCGUUUUGCUUCCUCAGAUCUUCACUUGUGUUCUUCCUUGCUGAACAUCUUUAGAGUGUGUUUGGGAGUGUAAGAAGAUGGGGUCUGUGUCUCUGAAAGUAGGAGACGGAACAGCAAGAUUCAAGAAGAGGGCUUCCCUUUGCUCAUCAGCUGUCAAUCUUCUCAUGGUCUUCUCCGUACUCACUACAAAUCUCUUCGCUCUAUACGCUUUUACCCACCCACCUAGCAAGACCCACCAUCUACUCCUUCACGAGACCCACAAGAACAUCUCCGACCAUGUCUCCCUUAUCCUCAGUGAGAUCAAUUCGUCUCAGAAGAAGGUCGCCCAUAUCCAGAAAGAGCUCCUAGGCUACGAAAGCAUUGAUCUUUCCAAACCCAACAUCGCCCCUGAGCUGAGAAUGUUUCUUCUUCGUCACCAGCUUCCUCUGGGCAAAGAUUCAAGAACUGGGAUUACAACAAUGGUGGCUUCCGUGGGUCAUUCUUGCCAGAAAUCCAUCGAUUUGCUGUCGCAGUUCAUGAAAUAUAAGGUCAGCGGGCCUUGCCCAGACGACUGGGUUCUGGGUCAAAAUCUGAUUUUGAAGGGCUGUCAGCCUCUCCCAAGGAGGAGGUGCUUUUCCAAGAUUACACCCAAAUCCGAUUUACAACCUUUUCCCAUUUCUCUUUGGAAGACUAGUAGUGAAAAGAGCUAUAGUUGGAAUGGCCUUUCUUGCAAAAACUUCUCCUGUUUGAAUGGUAAGAAAUUGAGCAUAGACUGUAAAGGUUGCUUCGAUAUAGUGUCUGGGUAUGAGACCCAGAGAUACGUUAAAGCUAGGGGUAAGAAUGACUUUCUGCUUGAUGAUGUGCUUUCAAUGGGUGGAAAUGGUGGAAGAAUCCGUGUCGGGUUUGAUGUAGGUGGUGGCGGGUCUGGAACUUUUGCUGCUAGAAUGGCUGAAAGGAACGUCACUGUGGUGACUUCCACAUUAAACAUUGGUGCACCUUUCAAUGAGUUCAUAGCUUCAAGAGGACUUUUCCCACUCUUUUUGAGUUUGGAUCACCGGUUCCCAUUUUAUGACAAUGUGUUUGAUUUGGUUCACGUAGGGAACGGGCUUGAUAUCGGGGUCCAACCCACAGAGAAAUUGGACUUCUUGAUGUUUGACAUAGAUCGGGUUCUACGGGCAGGUGGCUUGUUUUGGUUGGAUAAUCUGUAUUGCUAUGGUGAUGAGAAGCGAAAGGCGUUGACCCAUUUGAUUGAGAGAUUUGGAUACAAGAAGUUGAAAUGGGUUGUAGGAGAGAAGAACAACGGGUCAGAGAAGCCUGAGGUGUACUUAUCUGCUGUCUUACAGAAACCAGUAAGAGUGUGAUAUGAUGAGGUAAUUUGACUAUUCAUGUAGUUCUUUACAUACAGGGUAGAAUAAGUGAGGAUAUGCAAGGAUCGUACCAUGAGAACUAACAUUGUUUUUAGCUAGGGCGAUGUCUGAUUUUUGAAUUCAUUAGAUGACUUGGAUUCUGUAAUCCUGCAAUGGUUAGUUAUGACAUGGAGAAUCUAGAACUUCAAAUAUAAGGACAUGUUCUCUUAGACUUAUUCUUAGUUCUUAAUUCUUACACUGAUUAUACCAAUCAUAAACAGAGAACCAUACUUAAGCAGAUCACCACAAUUUUCAGUUCAAAUGAACAAGUCUUAACAUUUUAUGGAACAUAUAAGAAUGGAUUUUUUAAGGAUUGGUAUGAACACCAUGUUUUGUAAUUUUGUUUAUAACAACCCAGAAUUUAAUAGGCCACGUGUUCAAAAAAUAGGCCAUCUGUUUGUUUUCUAACAAAUUCAAUUGUUAGAACAUACAGUCUCAUCUGGUGUGGUAAAACCAUAAUUUAAAUUGUGCAGAAUGGAGCUUACCACAAUGUAAUUGAGGCAAAUAAAUAAGUUGUGCUAAAAUGCCAGAAUUGAUCGCUAUAUAUUUCAGAUGAACCAGUAUCACCAACAUUACAUCAAUUACAAAUUCCUAAAAUAUUAUUAAUGUAGAAUUGUUGAACAAAAAAACGGCUAUAUUAUCAGGACCACUGCCACAGUAGUGUAAAAGUGAAGAUCUACUCACUGUAUAAGUGUUAUCAUGGCUACCAUGUACUCCGUAUUAAAAACCAUGCAUUAGAACGUCUUAUUUUACGAUACAUUUACUUUAGUCAUGAAUUCAUCAUUAUUAUUAAAAAAAUAAUGUUUACUCUGACAAAAUUUAGCUAACAUUAUAAAGUCAUGCAAAAAAAAACAAAGUUCUAGCCACCCAAAAACGUGAAUCUCCCCCUCCCCCAUCAUGACUAUGAUGUGAUUAUCUAUGAAGUUUCCUAAAAUGGUGGCGUUAAUGUUUCAUUAUGGAAUUUAUAGAUUUCUGUGCACCCUUCUCGAUAUAUUUUUAAAAAGGAAACUUUUUCAGCUCAAUAUGUUUGACAAGUACUUGCUGGGAAAUUUCCAUCACAAUGUCAGCCACAGGUUUCUUUAUGUAGAAGAGAGAUUCAUGCUUGGCCAACAGCCAAUUCAUGUCUCUUUCUUAUACGUAUGUUUAAUUUUCUUUCUCAAAAACACAACACAAAUCCCAUCAAAACAAAACAUUUCCAUCGCUUCAUAGAGUAGUGCCUGCCUCAUCCUUCUCCUCCCUCCCUUCUCCAUUCGAUGCUGGCAACAUCAAUGGAGUUUAUCCCUAUGCGCUAAGAAAACCCAACCAAACACUUCUCAAUCUAGAAACCUUGAAAAGGGAGGCUGAGUACAGUCUUAGGGAAUGGAGGUGCAGAGGUUAAGAGAUCUGUUUUUGCUAUGUUUGAGGUUGCAGAAAAACAAUCCUGUUUCCCUAGUCGGUGGUAAUCACACUGCUUCCCGCUUUUGCACCCGCUAAUUCUAUCUCCUCCAUUUCCAUCUCUUUCCCUUUCAAUCUCAUCUUCUUUAAAUUUCAAAAAGUCUCUGUAAUAUUUGUUCAAGUAAUAACCUUUGUAUUUCUUUGUCAAGUCUAGAGAACAUAAAUGGGGGGUUAUAAAGAAACGGGUCUGCUCUUUGAUUUUCAAACUAAACACCAAAACAAAACGAAGGGCCUCCUCCACAUUGACCACGACGGCCUUUGCUUUGCUCAAUUCUUGGUCCUACCUUUCCGGCACCCUUUUCUUCUGAAAGUGCUGGCUCACGCCAUUGUUUUGACUCUUCUUAUUGUUUCUUUCCCCUGUCUGAAUGUGAUAGGGAUAUCAUCAUCCUCAUUUAAUAUCAAUAAUACUAAUCUGAGCAACAUUUCUUCUAAAAAUCCGAUCUUUCAUGAUCUGGCCAAAGAAGGCCUGCUCAAACAAGGUGACCGUGUUCUCUUCCUUGCUGGUAGAAAUGGCAGCAAUCAGGAAGCCAUUUACAAGGAAAUGGGUCUAGUCUCUGUUUCAGACCAAACCUUAAAAACCCCAGACGAGGAAACAUAUGAUGUUGCAUUUGCUAAUCAUGGCAGUUUAACCGGAGAAACCUCAGAUUUAGUGAAGAAGGCUGUUAGGGUAGGCGGGAUUAUCGUGCUCCAGUUCACCGGCAAUGACAACCCCGCUGUCUUUGGUUUGCCAAACACCAAAUCCGUCUACCUCAGGAAAUUCAAGUCUAGGGUCUUUCUGGCGGUGAAGAAAACAGAAGACACCGCCAAUGCCGUCAGCAGAAGCCGUGGCAAGGGACGGCGACAGUUACUGGAUACCGAAUCAGAAUCCAAAUCGGGAGUUACUGAGGACGGGAUCAGAAGCCGGAUCAGCGGGGGUUUCUGGGAACAGAAAAAGAACCCAGAUCAGCUGUUACCGGAGAUGGAAUCAAAGGCCAGAUCGGCGGCCCUCAAGAACCUCGAAGACGUACUGCUUGAACCGCCGAGGGCAGCAUCUGGAAAGUCAAACGCCUACAGAAAGAAAACGAGGUACCUGCCGGACCUCAUGGGGGUGUCAUUGGAGAACUACCCGAGAAGAGUGUUCAUCGACGUGAGCUUGUCGGGAGGAGAGAAGAGCAACACCGGAGCUGAUUGGUUCGCGAAGAACUACCCCUCUGGGAACGCAAAGUUCGAGCUGUUCAAGAUAGAGGCGGUGGCGAGGGCAGAGUCGUCAUCCGGGCUGGAAGCCACCAGAGGGAUGUCGGAUUGGCUGAGGAAGAACGUGGAGGAGAGGGAUUACGUGGUGAUGAAGACGGAGGUCGAGGUGGCGGAGGAGAUGGUGAAGAGCAGAUCAAUUAGGCUGGUAGAUGAGCUUUUCUUGGAGUGUAAGCAUCAAGGGAUAAAGAAAGGAGGCAGCGGCGGCGGCGAGAAAAACAGGAGGGCAUAUUGGGAAUGUUUAGCUUUGUAUGGUUUACUCAGGGAUGAAGGUGUUGCCGUUCACCAAUGGUGGGGUUAAAUAUAUAUUUCUUACUAAUUCAUGUAUGUAAAAUCAGAGGGUUAGAGUUAUAACGCUUUCAGGCCUAAAAUGUUUCUAUGCUUUGGAUGUUUUUACAAAUAUUUUCCAAUACCUGUGGAUCGUCUCAAUCCCUCCUUUAUGGAAUGAUGAUGAUAUGAAGAGCGUAUAUAUCACUAGCAUAUUAUGCAAUUCAUAUUAUAUGGGAAUAUGGGAUUAUAUUUCAAAGGCAAAAGUUUAGCAAUGGCUGAAAAUUUCC